UCGAAAAAAAAUCAACUUUUUCAUGGACACACAACAGAAUUAUGGAGCCUCCCUCACAGGUGCCACUCCUGGAGAAGAAGCAGGAGAUAAAGAAACAAGGUAAUGUGAUCCUCACGGAGGCCGAUGCCGCAGUCUACAUGAAUUUCAUGAAAAGUCACAGCUGCUAUGAUGCCAUUCCAACCAGCUGUAAACUGGUCAUAUUUGAUACCAAACUACAAGUGAAAAGGGCCUUUUAUGCACUAGUGGCAAAUGGCUUGAGGGCGGCCCCGUUAUGGGACAGCAAGUUGCAGAGAUUUGUGGGUAUGCUGACUAUUACAGAUUUCAUCAACAUCCUCCAUUGCUAUUACAGGUCCCCUAUGGUUCAGAUGUAUGAGCUGGAGAGCCACAAGAUCGAGACAUGGAGAGAUGUCUACCUAAAGUGCUCCGAUCACAUCCUCAUUAGUAUUUCCCCAGAGGCCAGCCUCUUUGAUGCCAUCUAUUCUUUACUUAAGUAUAAGAUCCACAGGCUGCCAGUCAUGGAUCCAGAGUCUGGAAACGUCUUGCACAUUCUCACCCACAAAAGAAUCCUCAAGUUCCUCCACAUAUUUAAAACAAAAGUUCCCAAGCCCGCAUUCAUGGGAAGGCAGAUCCAGGAGCUCGGGAUCGGAACGUUCAGGAACAUCGCCACAGUUCAGCAAACGGCAACGCUUUACGAGGCCCUCGCCAUUUUUGUGGAAAGGCGGGUGUCUGCGCUGCCUGUGGUGGACGAACAAGGCAAAGUGGUGUCACUCUACUCAAGAUUUGAUGUGAUUAAUCUAGCAGCCCAGAAGAGUUACAACAAUCUGGACAUGCCGAUGCAGGAGGUCAUUCGCAGGCGCUCAAGUUUUGUCGAGGGAGUAAUCAAGUGCUACCCUUAUGAAACCUUGGAAACCAUCAUAGACCGGAUAGUCAACGCCGAGGUGCAUCGGCUGGUCCUGGUGGACAGGGCUGACGUGGUGAAGGGCAUCAUCUCUCUGUCUGACCUGCUGCAGGCCAUGGUCUUAACCCCAGCAGGUAUUGAUGCCCUCCUGUCCUAGCACCAGAGGACAGAAGGGCCCCCUCCCCUCCUUUACCACCUGUGUA